UACAGGGACUUCCAAUUUGUACGCCGUUAACGUUUAAAAGCAGAAAAGAAAAAAGAAAAAAAGGGUGACGGUCGACGCUGAAGUUCAAAGUUCCCAGAUCGAUUUUCUUUUACGCCCCUGCCCAAAUCUUUAUUCUAUCUCCACUUCCCUAAGGAGGUUUCUUCAAAUCCAGCUUCUUCAAUCUAUUCAUUUUCACAAGGAUGAAGGAGGUUGCCAUAUAAUUUGAGCUUCGGAUCGAGUGUGAAAAGAAAAUGGCGUGGUUUAGUGGGAAACUUGAUUUGGCGAACUUGGAUCUUGCCGGUGCCGUCAAUAAGCUCAGCGAGAGUGUCAAAAACAUCGAAAAGAAUUUCGACACGGCUCUUGGUCUCGAGGAGAAAUCUGAUGAAUCUACUAGCACUGAAGCUUCAGGAUUAUGGCCUUCCAGUACGGAUAGGAAGGCCUUGUUUGAUCCUGUCAUGGCUUUUAUGGGACAAAAAGGUGGGGAGACUGCUGUAGAAUCUAUAGAAAAAGCUGAGUCAUCAAAGCCCGCCUUGCCCGCUGAGGAGGUAGUUGAAGAUUCAGCUGAAUCUACAGUUCAACAUGAUGUAGUUCCUAAAGAACCAAAAGAAGAAACAAGGGACGUAAUUGAGCAAACUAAAUCUGCUGAAGAAGCGAAUGAAGAAGCACAAAAUGUUGAUGGGAAACCAAACCAAAAGAUUUCUGCUGAAGAAGAAAACGAGGAAGCAAGAGCUGCUGAUGUCAAACUAGACUCUACUAUGGAAACAAAGGUUGAGAGGGAAGAGCAAAGAAGUGAUAUCGGACCAGAUGAAAGAAAAGCUGAAAUUGAUUCAGUGGCUGAAGCGUCGGAAGUCAAUUUAGAUCAUGCUCAGGAAAAAUCUCCAGAAAUCCCCCAAAAGAAUAUUCCAGAGGAAGAAUCAUCUGAAAAUCUGGAGUUGGUUGCCUCCCAGACAUCAAAUGCUUUAUCUCAAACUCAAGUUGGUAUCCCGCUGCUUGUUGAUUCACAGGAAAAUACCGACGAUGACAGGGAACAGAAGAAAGAAGUCACUGAUGAAUCUCCUCUAGUUCAAUCUCAGGAUGCAUCAAGUGACCGAGCAGACAGGGAAGAGAAGAAAGAAGUCACUGAGGAGUCUCCUCCAGUUCAAUCACAGGAUGCGUCAAGUGACCGAGCAGAAAGUGGAAGACCUUCUGUUUCCGAUUCUGUAACUGCCAGUGAAGAUGGCAGUGUUGAAGAGCAUUCUAACAGGAGCUUUCUUGGUGACCAGCACACAGAUGAAGGUUGGAAGAGGGUAUCUGAAUCAGUUAUGCAUGAAAAUGAGUCAGUUAGUAGACCUGUUGGGGCUACCCAGCGAGGAAAUGAUCAUGAGACUGACGUGAAAGAACAACGGUUGAGCUCAGGAAGCAACUCUUCAGAUGUUACAGACACAGUGGUUGAACUGGAGAAGCUGAAGAAGGAAAUGAAAAUGAUGGAAACUGCAUUACAAGGAGCUGCUAGACAAGCACAGGCGAAAGCUGAUGAAAUCGCGAAGUUGAUGAAUGAGAACGAGCAACUGAAGUCUGCUAUUGAGGAUCUGAGAAGGAAGUCCAAUGAUGCAGAAGUUGAAUCUUUGCGAGAAGAGUACCAUCAAAAAGUGUCUGCUCUUGAGAGAAAGGUUUAUGCUCUAACCCGGGAGAGGGAUACACUUCGCAGGGAACAGAAUAAGAAAAGUGAUGCUGCAGCUCUUCUCAAAGAGAAGGAUGAGAUAAUUACUCAAGUAAUGGCUGAAGGUGAGCAGCUUUCUAAAAAGCAAGCUGCCCAAGAAGCUCAAAUGAGAAAAUUAAGGGCACAGAUCAGAGAGCUUGAAGAAGAGAAGAAAGGAUUACUUACCAAGCUUGAGGUUGAAGAGAAUAAAGUAGAGAGUAUAAAGAGAGAUAAGGCAGCAACGGAAAAGUUGCUUCAUGAAACAGUAGAAAAACAUCAAGCAGAGCUGGCAACGCAAAAAGAUUACUAUACUAAUGCGCUAAAUGCCGCAAGAGAAGCUGAAGCUUUAGCUGAGGCACGGGCUAACAAUGAAGCCAGAACUCAACUAGAGGGUCGCCUAAGAGAGGCUGAAGACCGUGAAGCCAUGCUUGUUCAGGCACUUGAAGAAUUAAGGCAAACACUAAGCAGAACGGAGCAGCAGGCAGUUUUUAGGGAAGAUAUGUUGCGCAGAGACAUUGAGGAUCUCCAGAAAAGAUACCAAGCCAGUGAGCGUAGAUGUGAGGAGUUGAUAACACAAGUUCCUGAAUCUACCAGACCUCUUCUCAGGCAGAUAGAAGCCAUGCAGGAAACAAACGCCAGAAAGACUGAAGCUUGGGCUGCUGUCGAGAGAACCUUGAAUUCACGUCUUCAGGAAGCUGAGGCAAAAGCUGCAACUGCAGAGGAGAAGGAGCGAUCUAUUAGUGAACGCCUUUCUCAAACCCUGUCUCGGAUCAAUGUGCUUGAGGCUCAGAUAUCUUGUCUAAGAGCUGAACAGACACAGCUAACAAGGUCCCUUGACAAAGAGAGACAGAGGGCCGCGGAGAAUAGGCAAGAAUAUCUUGCUCUAAAGGAGGAAGCUGAGACUAACGAAGGUCGUGUGAAUCAGCUUGAAGAAGAAAUUAAAGAAGUCAGAAGGAAACACAAGCAGGAACUACAAGAAGCAUUAACUCACCAGGAACUCCUGCGGCAGGAGUUAGAGCGGGAGAAAGCUGCUCGUUUGGAUCAAGAAAGGGCAACUCGUACUCCAUCUAAUUUUGUACCUGAUCAAAGCCCAAUAAUGAAGCAGAAAUCUGGGAUUGAAAAUGCUGCAGGAAGUCUGACGCGGAGACUUUCAAGUGCUAGCAGCUUGAGUAGCAUGGAGGAAAGCUAUUUUCUACAAGCAUCUUUGGACUCGUCUGACAAUUUAUCUGACCGUAGAAAUGCAUUGGAGGGUAAUGUGAGUCCAUACUUUAUGAAGAGCAUGACAUCAAGUGCUUUCGAAGCUGCACUUCGUCAGAAGGAAGGGGAACUUGCAUCAUAUAUGUCUCGACUUGCAUCUAUGGAGUCCAUCCGCGACUCCUUGGCCGAGGAGUUGGUUAAAAUGACUGCAGAGUGUGAAAAGCUUCGUUCAGAAGCUUCCGUGCUGCCUGGCAUUCGGGCAGAGCUAGAUGCACUUAGAAGGAGACACUCGGCAGCUCUUGAAUUGAUGGGUGAACGUGAUGAGGAGUUGGAAGAACUCCGUGCUGAUAUCAUUGACAUGAAGGAGAUGUACAGAGAGCAAGUAAAUAUGCUUGUGAAUAAGAUUCAGGUGCUUAGCUCAUCACUGGGUGCUACCUGACAAAACUGAUCUCUUGAUGCGUGGCUUGUUCUUUUCUGUUGCAUCCUGGAGGGUGCUGCAGUGUAUGUGGUAUAUCACAUUGAUUUUGGACGCGAUAAUUGUUGUCACCAGUUUAUUAUAAAUCUAUAGAGAAACUACCUUUUACAGGUUUGCUAUUGUAACUUUAGUGAAUUGUUGUAUAGCAUAAUUUUGUAAAAGUGGCGUAUGGGCUUAAGCUUUACAAACUGUUCUCAAUUAAUUCCCAAGUUCAAUUAAUUGUUAAUAGAACUGAGUAUAGUUGUUUAA